AAUUUAUUGAUUCGAUAAGAGUUAAAACAGAAUUAAAAUAUUCUGGAAAAAAUUAGUGUUGGUUUGUCCUCUUUAAAUUAGAACUCUAGGUCUGAUUCAGAUAGUGCCUAAAGAUGCUGAUACACGACCCGCUGCAUCCUUAGACAGUUCAACAAAACCUGCACCAUCUGGACAUCUUACAACUUGGAAGGUAGCCCUUCCACCAAAGAAGCAUGCUCCCUCUUUCUCUGCUAUAAGAACACACAAGAACGCAAGGCAGGUUCUGCUAAUCCCAUCAGAGACAGAAGAUCUCAAUCCAAUCCAAGGAAAGAAUGGGGAACUGCCAGGCGAUACUGGAUGCAGUGGUGAUCCAGCACGCGGACGGGAGGGUGGAGCGACUCUACUGGCCAGUGAACGCUACGGAUGUCAUGAAAGCCAACCCAGGCCACCACGUCGCUCUUGUCACCCUGUCCUACUCAGAGAAGGAUGGCGCCACCGCCAUGAAGGCCACCCGUGUGAGACUGCUCAAGUCCAAGGAGGUUCUCCUUCUCGGUCAUGUCUACCGCCUCAUCACUUUCCAAGAAGUCGCAGUGGCUCUGAGGGUGAAGAAGAAUGAGGACGUGAAGAAGAAGCAGGGGAAUCCACAGCAGGUGAUGAAGCAAGAGAGGGGUCGGCAAAAGAACAGUGUAGAGAUGGUGAGCAGAGGUCGGCCAUGGCAGCCGUCGUUGCAGAGCAUCUCCGAGUUGGGUGGGUAACUCUGCCACUUGAAGUUCCUAUG